AUGUGGGACUACAAAUACGGACAAUCCACUCACAAAAUCCGACUGGCUCCAGAUGUGCUUAUGCCUCGGCUAAAAGUCUCAGGAAAAUCUGAAGACGUUUUAUUGAAGCCUCUCACAUAUAUGCAUGGUCUUGAUAUUAUCAAGCUAGCCCCUGUCUGCAAAUCUUGGUAUAAUGUAGUCUGGGAUCCUUCUUUGUGGCUGGAUUUGUGCAACUGAUUCAAGCACCCUGACAGAAUGAAAGCUCUCGGAGAACUUGCUGAAGGGAAAAUCAAGCUCCUCGAAAAAGAAUACAAAAGGAUUAAGAAUAUGUCACAGUACAGAAAUGAAGAAGAUUUAGCUGGAAUUGUAGGCAGCCCGCUGCCAAAUGAGCUUACUGAGCGCCAAAAGCAAGGAUUUCGGUAUCGCUUUAUUUACGCACAUUUACUAUUUAAAACUUGCUUUGAAUGCGCAAGUCCUGAAAACAAGCUUCGAUUUUUGCCAAUCUUACGUCGUUCUAUAUGCUACACCUGUGCAAAACUGCCUCGCUACGAAAUGAUUAGUCAUGAAAAUGCAGAAAUUGACUAUUCAGUUACAAAGGCCGAUUUGAACAAACAUGAAAUUGAAGGCCUCAAAGUCCCUGAUCCUUUCCACCCUGGGAAAUAUAUGCUUGUUUAUUAUCUAGAUGACAUUUUAAAAAUCUCCAGGGCGAAAUCAGACCCAAGAGCUCCAAAUUCUGCACAAAAGAGGGAGCUGGAAGAUAAAAGGAAAACAGAAUUAAUAUAUUUAUUAAAGCAAGAAAAUCUGAGCGACAGGUAUAUAGAUGAAUGUAUAUACACAGAAGGCACUGCUUGCUAUAGCUACAUACAAGGCAAAUCCCGAAGGCCAGUUGAGAAAAUCGUAGCAACAAUGAAGAAAAAAUAUGAGCAGGCAAAAGCAAAAAUCGCAGAAUUGGACGACGAUGAAGAAGAAAUGCCGCUACCUGAAGCAGAUGUAAUCAUUCCGCUGAAAAAGCCAAAACUAGAACUAAGUGAUACUCAAAAGGAAAAUAGAAGAAAAGAGCUAACGGAAAGAUUGAAACUCAUGGGCGUGAAUUUAGAAGAAAUCGAAAUGAACGACGAAGAUGGAAUUUUUUGUGCUUAUGUCAAUGGAAGGACUAAGCAAGAUAUCGGACCAGUUGCUGGGGCUAUUUGGAGAGACCAUAAGCCUGUGUUUACAGGAAUUCCUUUUAGGACGUGCCAAAGGAAAGAAGAUCUUGAUAUGAAAAUUGAAACUAAUAAUUAUGGAAAUUUUUCUUAA